UUCGUUUAGUAUACGUGAAACAGCUCGGCUCGGUCGGUGUCGAAGUGGAAUCGCUCGUGAGAAAUUGCACUGAUUAUGACGUGUUUUCGGCCGAAAUCGGUAUCGUAAGUGUACGGAAAGUGCUUCUGAAUGUGAUUUGCUGCUCCGGGUGGUGAAAUUCGCCCAUUUCCGGUUCGGUUUCGGAGGAAAUUCCGCCCCAGAAAAGUGGUCGCCGUCGAGAUCUUUUUUCUUCGUUCGACGGGUUUCCUUUCGCGAGAGUGACGUUUCUUGUUGGAUCCGUUUCUCCUCUACUCGGGUGUGUUUUCUGUGGGCUGCUAGAUUGUGUAUGUGUAUGUGUGAAUGAGGUGGAUUAUCACACCAAUACUACGAGAAGAUUCCGUGAGUGUCGAAACACGGCAGCAGUGAUAAAAAGUUUCUGCUUUCGUUGAGUUUGUGGAUCUGAAGCAGUGUUGGUGAUUUCGAUGUAAAGAAGAUCAAUCUCGUUAACAGUGCAACAACGUAAAUCGAGCAGUGUUGAAAUUGUGCAUUAUUUUCUGGAGUUGUUAUCAAGAGAGUUUUGUUUUGGGGAUGUCGUGAUGCAGUUCGGCUGCCAUUAAUGAUUGAUAUGUGAUGCCUUUGAAAAAUGGCAACAGUGAAUAACCGAAGGGGCGGGGGAACCGGUGAAGGCACCUUAUCGAAGCUGUCCUGUUCCCGGUCCUGCUGUGGCGAUUUAUUUGGAUACUUGUUGCGGCUACGGGUCAGUCCGGAGGAGUUGGAGCAGCGCUACAAAUCUCGGGAAAUCGAUAAGUUUCUCGAGAAAGAUAAACAUGCUUUUAGGAGACAGGUCAAACUGCUACUGCUAGGUGCGGGAGAAUCCGGCAAGUCCACCUUCCUCAAGCAGAUGCGGAUUAUUCACGGGAUCAAAUUCGAACCCGAACUAGUUAAGGAGUAUCAACAUGUGAUCUACCAAAAUAUAGUCAAAGGCAUGCAAGUGCUGUGCGACGCUAGGGAUAAGCUAGAUAUACCAUGGGAGAAUCCGACCUCCCAGCUGGCCGCGAACCAGGCGGUGAUUUUCCACAGUGGCAUACUGAUCGCCGAACAGUUCCGCCAAUACGUGCCACUAAUCGCCAUGCUUUGGCAGGACAGAGCCAUCCGGAGGGCCUACGAUCGGCGGAGAGAGUUUCAAAUUAGUGAUUCUGUUAGUUAUUUCUUAGACGAUUUAGACCGGAUAUCAAGGUUAGACUACGUUCCCACCCAUCGUGAUAUACUGCACUGUCGCAAGGCAACCAAGGGCGUAUUUGAAUUUACAAUUAGAAUACAGAACAUUCCGUUCGUGUUUGUCGACGUUGGCGGCCAGCGGACGCAGCGACAAAAGUGGACCAAAUGCUUCGACUGUUCGGUGACGUCGAUUCUCUUUCUAGUUUCCACAUCCGAGUUCGAUCAGGUCCUAGCCGAGGACAGGAAAACCAAUCGGCUGGAGGAGUCCCGGAACAUCUUCGAUACGAUUGUAAAUAACACCACGUUCCAGGGCAUCUCGAUCAUCCUGUUUCUGAACAAAACGGACCUGCUAGCGCAGAAGGUCAAGAACCCGGACACGGACAUCCGCUGGUACUAUCCGCAGUUCACCGGCAACCCGCAUUCGAUCCUGGACGUGCAGAACUUCAUCCUGCAGAUGUUCAUGAACGUGCGCAAGAAUACCAAAACGCCCAUCUAUCAUCACUUCACCAACGCGGUCGACACCCAGAACAUCCAGGUCGUGUUCAGCUCGGUCAAGGACACGAUCCUGCAGCGGAACCUGUCGGCGCUGAUGUUGCAGUAGAACGUGUCUAUCGGAACGCUUCAUUGCGCUUUACAACGGGUGUGCUUUCUGUUGAUUAUUAUUAUUAGCGAGUUAGGUUUCGUCCUGUAGAGAACUCCCCAAAGUAUUCGCCACAAGUUUUUUGUUUGUUAAUUAUUGGUAACCUGCAGAAAGAUGUUUCCUAGAUGCGGAAUGGCGUGUAAGUGCGGUAUGGACGCAUAAAAGGUGUAAUUUAUUUCCCCUCGUAUAUCAUUGUUUUUACGUUUUGUUUCCUCUGGAAGAGAUUUCAGUUGUUUUUCUUCCGCAAACGAGAAACGCACAUGCACAAAUAGAAUGGAAAUUCAGAAUUUCCAUCACGGUAUUCAAUAGGCUAAAUAGGUUAGCGAAUAAAGUACAGUUGAACUAGCAGUAGUAAUAUUGUUCAGCUCGAAGGUAAUGAAAUAAUAUUCGAUCGAAGAAAAGUGAAAACGUAUAGAUCUUAGUAUGUAGAACGCAUUUGAAUAGUAGGAACAAUACAGUUUAGAAUGUAUGCACAGAUAAAGCGGAAA